CAGAUUCGUGGGUUCGAAGGAUGCGCGGGAAAGAGGAACGCGCGCGAUUCCGAUAAGAGCAUUUGUCGCCGCCGCGUCUGUGCGUUGGUGAUAGCGUCACCGGGAUUGCCCCCAAGUUACGAAAGAGGAACUGUUCGCGUUUUUCGCUUCCGGUGCUCGACCGUGGUGCGUCUCGGGAAAAAAAACAAAAACAAACUACGCGCGAGAGACUUAGUCUUGCCAAGAGUAACAGUAGAUGCCGUUAGAAAAACAAUACUAAAAAUGUCGUCAGUGGCCUCACCGAAUGCGUGCCGUUCAGCACGAGUGAUGAAUCGUGGGUUUUUCCUGCGCCGGCGUUAUCUCUGGCGAAACGCCGUGCAACUGCUAUGGUCGCGUUUUUACAAAAUGAAGCGGCUGCCCCAAGUUUAGUUUUAUUCGUAGAAGAGGCAACGCUUCCCAGCAGGUUGCAUAUUCUGAAAACGGACAGCUGUCUCGAGGUCCCUGCCUCAUGAGGUCAUGGGUUGCUGUCCGUCGGAGCUGUUGUUGGUGCAGAAGCUGAGGACUGCGUUGGACCUUCUACACCCAGACCUCAGGUCUAAUGUGCUACAGAAGAAACUUAAGCAGAAAAUCGGAUAGGACCAAGAAACAAGACCCAGAGUUUUUGGUCACUCUGGUGACCAGGUGUUCGCAAGGAACUUCCGUCCAGGUCCUGCGUGGCUACCUGCAGUCAUCACCAAGCAACAAACUUCGCCCAUUUGCAGCAAACGACCAGUUCUGAUUACUUCAAAGAAUUCCAAGUUCCAUCCAUCCCACUUUUUGUCUGUUCUGUUAAUUCGAAAACCCACUUGAUUAGAAGAUUUCCUGCAGCGCCAGUGACAUCAAAUGAAAGAGGCUUUACUGUACCUCAAAAAUUUACUGGGAGCACUUCUGAGGAAUGCUAGCAAGUGGCAUGCUACUUGGCAGCGUAUUUCUGGUGGCCCUGCAGGGUUGCUGCACUGUCUUGGGAACGGUGUUGGUGACCUACGAGGCGAACAACUUGGUGGUGGACCUUGUCAGUGCGCCACAAAACUCAACUCUGUUUCUUUUGCAACUUCAGUCCCAUGCCUCCGGUUGCAUGGACACAAAGGCUGCAACUGUGAAAGAAGUGCUUUUGAUCCAAGAGGCUAACAUGAGGGCAUCCUAUUCUCGGGAUUCACUGGAGCCAGGCAGAUACUGCGCGCUGGUGGUGUCACCCAGUGGGAACAUCACUUCUGAGGAGCCGCUUGAACUCGAGGAGGGACACCGUGGUACGUUUGGAGUGGCUGCUGUCUCUGCACCCGCGUGCAAAGAUCUUUCAGGUGCCAAUGUCGGUGGCCUUAUACCAAACAGUGUAGCGUGCACCACUUGGAAUGCCACUGUGAUGGUCCAAGGAUCGUAUGAACAGGGAACCAUUCAAGCAACGGUGAAGCUGUUUGAAAGCAAGGUGCUCCAGUGUGAGAAGCUACAUGUUGCCUUGUGGGCACCGUGGGGCAGUGCACGCCCGCAGUCCAUUCCGUGCGUCGACAGUAUCCGCUUUGUGGACGAGGAGAUUCAGACAAUUGCCAACCUCUCAGUGGUGGUGAAGUUUGAGAACUUGAGUGCCGGGAACUAUUGUGUUCGGGUGUCUCCCCGGUGCGAGCCUCCCGAGGACUGUCUCACCCUCACCUCCAAGGUCAUCGAGCUGUUCUCUGCUCAGGGCGGUUCCAGGGAGCCUGACAGGUGGGGCGAAGGCGAGGCAGAGUCGUCUGCUGUGGCUUCUGCUGCUCCCUCUGCUGGUCGGUGCAGCUCUGGUCAUUACAUUGGGUGCCUUCUGGGUGCGGCGUCAAUCUUUGUUGGCACGCAAGAGGCCUUUCAUCGUGGGCUCCCCUCUGCCUUCGUUUCAUAAGCCUCGGGUUGACCCGGGCCCACCCGUGGUGAAGGUGGUGUACUCACGUGACAGCGAUUCCCACGUGACAGCAGUGUCCCGGUUGUGCGAACUGCUGCAGCGAGAGUUGGGCUUUUGUGUUGAAUGGGACGAAGCAUCUGCGCAUCUUGCGCACCUGACGCACGACUGGGCCAUGGCCAUGGCCCAGCUGUCUUGUCCCCACUACAACCUGGCUGCCAAGGCAGCCACCCCGGUCAAGAUGCUGGUGAUCGAAUCAGAUGGGGCACUGCUCAAGCACGAGGCCUACCGACAGCACAAG